AUGAGGAGACCAACCCUUCAUGGUAACGAGUUUGUCUCAGCAGAGCGCAUACUACAAGCAGCUCUAGAAGAUGGACCCAUAGGAUUCAUGCUGUUGGAGGAGCCACCAUCAUCACUCCCGGCCUUUGGUUUUGUACCUACAGGCGCAGACAAAGGAGUCGAGAUGGAGGUGGAGGUAGACAAGGUGGUGACGGCUGCAGACAUACCAAAGCCAUACCAACACCUGCAAGAUGUGUUUGAUGAGGUGGAAGCAGACAAGCUGCCCCAUCAUACCGAGCAUGAUCUCCACCUCGAGUUGAUAGAAGGAGGUAAGCCACCUCAAGGGCCCCUAUACCUUAAGGGACCCAAGGAGAUGUCCGAGUUGAGGAGAUACUUGGAUGAGAACCUCGAGAAGGGGUUCAUAAGACCAUCGAAGAGCCCGGCACGAUCACCAGUGCUCUUUGUACCAAAGAAGGAUGGAGGUCUCAGACUCUGUGUGGACUACAGAGGUCUCAACGAGAUCACUGUCAAGAACAGGGCACCAUUGCCCCUCAUCGAGGAGCAGCUGUUCUUACUCAGGAAGGCAAAGAUCUAUACCAAGCUAGACCUUAGAGCAGCAUACAACCUCAUCCAGAUUGCUAAAGGAGAUGAAUGGAAGACAGCUUUUGGCACUCAGUUGGGACUCUAUGAGUACCUAGUGAUGCCCUUUGGCCUAGCCAAUGCUCCGGCUCACUUCCAGUCAUUCAUCAAUGACAUCUUCCGAGACAUCAUUGGGAUAUAUGUGGUAGUAUACUGUCAUGGGCCUGGAUGCUCAAGAAGCAGGAGGGUCAUGGGUUCAUAUGGAAGGAGCACAGGUAUCGAAGACCUAGUCGAUACCAGUAGAGAGCAUGGUCGUAGUGCAGUCUCCAUGGAGACCAUGGACUCCUAUGGACUCACAUGCAAAGGAGAACCGAGCCACAUGCGAGGAGGACCAGGCACAGCCACAAGGAGGACCAAGCUCAAGGAGCAGGCACAGCCACGAAGAGGACCAAGCUCAGAUGGUUACCACUCAGGGGCUCGAGAGACAAGAGUCCUAGGACACUGGCAAGCAGGUCCUGAGGAAGAGGAGCAGUGUCGAGGGAGUCGACAUCAGGUCAUGAGGAGGAGGAGCAGUGUUGAAGGAGUCGACACCACUCAAGAGGCACAGGGGUGCCAAGCAGGAGAGGCCCCUGAGCAGUACUCGAUGAAGAAGGUACUCUCUGGAGAGAGAGCAGGAGCAGCAUCGCUGGCGAUGUUGUGA